AUGUCUGUUUCAGACCUUCUUGAGUGGCUGAACCUGAGCAAACCUUCGCCGCAGGUCAAGGUCACCACCCUACCAAUCUCAUAUUUCAAGUUCCCUCCAUCACCUGAACCCGCGACCGUACCUCCGCCUGCGAACAACCCAACGCUCGCGCACCCCUUCACCAUCCCUGCGGACCUGUACAAUGCGCUCCUGUCUCCACAUGUCCCCAUUACUGUUGCGCUGGUGUACAUGACCUUGGUAUCUUUUAUGAACUCGGUCAACGCCAAUCGCAAAUACAGGCCAUGGGCAUUCAGUCGGACGUAUGUCUUCAAAUUUCUCGUCAUUCUCCACAAUAUCUUCCUGGCGGCAUACUCAGCAUGGACUUGCGUGGGCAUGGUUAAUGCCUUGCGCCUGUCUCUGCCAGAAUGGAACGAAGACUGGAGAGUCGCCGGGACGGUGGACGCACUUUGCAAAAUGCAUGGACCUAGAGGAGCUGGAAGUGCCGCGACAUACAACGUGACUACUAGCGCAUGGCAAAUGACAAAUCGGUUAUUCCACCUGGAUGCCGAAGGACUCGGUCCUGAGACUACAGACGUGGGCCGUAUCUGGAAUGAAGGGCUGGCGUUCUAUGGCUGGUUGUUCUACCUCUCAAAGUUCUACGAGGUCGUGGACACGUUGAUCAUCUUGGCCAAGGGCAGGAAGAGUAGUCUGUUACAAACCUAUCACCAUGCUGGAGCUAUGCUGUGUAUGUGGGCUGGAAUCAGGUACAUGUCUCCACCAAUCUGGAUGUUCGUCUUGGUCAAUUCCGGCAUCCACACGGUCAUGUACACCUUCUACCUUUGCUCAGCACUUGGAAUCAAAGUCCCCAAAUGGUUCAAACAGACCUUGACGACACUUCAAAUCACCCAAUUUGUUGUCGGCGCGACAUAUGCUUUCUUACACAUCUUUGUCGCCUACCAAAUCCCGGUCAGCGUCCCCUACAUCCAUCAUCUGGGAGAAGCCGCGUCCAAAGUCAUGUCCGAAGCUCCAACAGAGAUCACCUCGAGUUUAUCCGCUGCAAUUUCAACAGGUUCUGCCGGUCUGGGGGCUUGGCUGAAGAAGGCACUCCUCCGAGGUGCGGGUUACGAGGGCCUUGCAGAGAACGUGUUGAAUGAGGAAGGGCAGCUGUUUGGAGUCGAUGCUGUCCACAUUGUUGAAGAUGUCGUUAGGAGAGAAGAGAUAAGGUUUAGAGAUGAGCUCCAGUGGGUUCACUGUCUCGACACGAGUGGUGAAGUCUUUGCCAUCCUCCUGAACUGCAUGUAUCUCUUGCCUUUGACGUGGUUGUUCUUACAAUUCUUCAUCACCUCUUACCUCAAGCAAGUUGAGAGAAGGCGAAGUCGAUCAGCCAGCGAAGCUGCUAUGGUUGCGCGAAAGAGCUUUCAAGAUGCAUCCAAAGGUGUGGCGCGGCGGCUUAGUGAGGCUGUUGAAGAAAUGCAUCGCGUCUCAGACGACAUCGGAGAUGACACCGUGCUUGUGGACGGUGAUGAGGUCAGAAGAGAGUUGAAAGAGGCCGCAGAACAAGCCAAGAGCACGAUAAAAGAGCAUUCAGCCAAGGUCAAGCAGGCGGCCAGCGCCGAGUCCGAAAAGGUGAGACAGGAGUUUCAGCGUGAUAUGGAAAAAACGAAGAAGAAUCUGCACGAUACUGCCGAAAAGGUCAAGAAUGCUGUUGAAAAGGCUGGAGACGAUGAGACAAGAGAGAAAAUUUCCGCAAAAGCCCAAGCUGUGAUGGACUCUACCGCUGAAGCUGUCGAGAAGACUAUGGAAAACGUCAAGGAACAGACUCAGCCCGCUGUCGACUAUGUCGCAGAGAAAGUCGGCGAGUUGAAAGAGCAGGCUGGACCGGGUGCUAAUUACGCUGCUGAAAAAGCGACCGAACUGAAAGAACGCACAGUCGAGGCGUCCCACACGCAAAAUGCCCAAUCUAAACAAGCUGUCGAGGAAACCACGAAAUCAGGUCAGACGGCAGGUGAUGAAGAGAGAGAGAUUGUAGAAGCAGCAACGGAAUCAGCUGAAAGCAAUGCUGAAGCUAUUAAACAGGAAAUCGAGGAACGUUUGGAGUCGGCAAAAGACGCUGCAGCGGAAGAAGGGCAAUCACAGUCGAUGGUAGAGGAAUACACAUCCGAGUCGAAGUCCCCAAACGAAAAUGGCACCGUCGCCGCAGAGGAGACUGGUCCCGGCUGGAAUCAGAACCAGACAAAGUCAGAGGAGGCGACGGGUACAGAAACGGGCGAGAGUGAAGAAGCCAAAACGGAGAAGGAAGAAGAUGCCAUUAUCGACGAGAGUCAGGUUGUGAGGGAUGAAAAUGUGGACGUCGAUCUUGAUGAUAAGGGUGAAGGGGAAGCAGAUGCGAAUGGGCAAGAACAAAGCUGGGCGGAUGUUGCCAAACAAGGGCUUCCUGGGGAAGGAGAAGAAGAGAAGAACAGAGGACCCGACAAGGAGAAAGAGGGCUGGGGGAUCUGA